GGUGAUCAUCUGGUUUCAAGCACUGAAUUCAUGAUCAGGAGUCCUGGGCUGAACUCCAAACUUGACUGCAGAUGGGUAAGUUGCUGUGCCUCAGCUUUUUCUGCCUUUAAAAUGAGGGCAACACCAAUGUCAGCAAAGUGUUGUGGAGCUCAUGUAUUCAGGCACACCACAGUGUUUCCUUGGUGGAUGAAGGAGGAGGAAAACACUAUUUGCAAGAAGAAAGGUGAAGUAAUAAUCUGUAAUUAUUUUGUAUUUUAUGCUAGUUUAUUUCCUAGAAGUUGCUGCAGGCUGAAAUCAGGGUUGCACCCUACAUUUAAAAUAAAAUAUUGGGGAAAUGCCUUUCAGUUUUAACGCUGUAACUGAUAAAAGCCAAAAAGGGAAAGAUUAUUUCUAUCUGAAGGUAAAUUGUUGAAGCCAAUCUGCUGAGAGAAUGCAGACUGACAUUGUAUGCAUGCAAUAUAAUCUUUUUUGUUUGUUUGUUUGUUUUUGUUUUUGGUUUGGGUUUUUUGGGGGUUUUUUUUGGUUUUUUUUUUUUGGUGCUCAGUCUGCACAGAAACACUCUGGAAGUUGGUAAGAAAACCCUUCAUUAGAAACUGGAUUCUUGUGUGAAGCCCAGUCCCCUAUCAGUGUGACUGCUCUCAUCAUCAGGGUCCCUUUAGCAAUGCUACAGACCAGGUACCAUAAGUGAAAGUGGGAGAAGGAACAGCUCAAAUUAAGGUGUGGGAAGGAGCAGCACCCUAAAGAGAGACCCAUUUCUGCUCUAUACUUACAGCUGUCCUGUAGUCCUUUCCUGAUCUUGUUGAUGAACAGAGUGAGUACUGGCAUACAUAAUACUUGUUACAGAAAUCUCAAGAACUACUGUUCAAACUGAGCUGAAAUGGAAGAAAUUCCAAAAGGAAUGAACCUGUUCAGAGACAGAAGCUCUUCAGAACAGCACUAAGCAACCCACUUCUUCACUCCCUUAUGCUUCAGGGAAAGGGUGGGAGGGGCAGUGGGGCAGCAUGAGGACAGCAGAUUUUGGAACAGCAGCUGUAAUUUUAUGAAACUUUUCUACAUCUAUAUCCAUAUAACAAGAAUAGGUACUUGCCAGAACUUGUCAUAUAUGGAUGAUUUUUAAAGGACGUGCUUUUCCAGAUUUGAAUGUUGCAAGCUGUUAAGGCAUCUUCAUUCUCUGGUUUUGACAUUUUUAGCAGUGGUAGAGGUAGCCUUUGCCUAUAAAGGUAUGACAACAGGGUGUUUGUAAAACCUACUUUCACAGUCUCCAAAGGGUUAAUUUGCAAAAAGCCAAAGAGCUGUUGUUCACCAGGUGGGUAUUCUUUUCUUUCCAGUAGAUCUUUGUUUUCAGCUACUGGCAAAAAAAGCAAUACCUAAAAUGAAAACUCUGUACUGUUAUUUUAUCUCAAAACAGUUUGGCUUUUAUAAAAAAUUCACUGUAAUUGGAGAUGCAGUAGGUAGGUGAUUUGGAGUUAGCGAGCUAUAUGUUGCCAAGUACCAAAACCAGUAAAGCUUUUCUUAUUAUUUACUAGAAGCAGGAUUUCUCUCUUGGUGAUCUUGAUUCUGUAGGCAAAUUCUGAUGAUCUCAGUUCCUCAAGAAACUUAACUUUUCUGGUCUGCCUGAAAGCAUUUUCAGGAUGGAAAAAUCCUAAAGAGAAUUGAAGAGCUGGCCUUUAUAAUGAAGAAAUGCUCACUUUUUACCUAGCCAGCUGUAGUAGGCUACUGCACUCGCUUGAUGUCUGCUUUCAUUAGCAUUACUGAAACUUGGCAAUAUUCAUUUUUCAGCAGUGCACUUAACAUGCCGAGAUGGCCUAGAACUCUGAAUUUGGCUUUGCAGUUCAAAUGUCCCCAUUGUUGGGAAGUGUUGUUAUGCAAGCAUGAGACUGAAUUUAGUUAGCCAUGAUGUUAAAUCUUGACUGGGGCUUUCCCAGGGGCAUGGUGAGUGUUGCUGUGCAGGCCUCUUGAAACAGCACAGUAGUGAGAUCUAUUGAGCACAGAGAGAGAAACACGUAGGCAGGGACGUGAGGGCCGGGUUAAGUUUGUGUGCUGCAGUGGGCUGUGCUAAGAAAGAAUGUGUGGGAUGAUGGAUGUGAGUGAGUUCUGCACUGGCCUUCCAGAUACUAUAUUUGCUUUUUAUUCUUGCUGUAUUAAAACCUGCUUAACCCAAGUCUAAUGAUCAAAUUCGUUCUGAGAAUUUAAUUUUUUCCUUCCUUUUUCCUUUCAUUUGAUGCUGCUUCCUCUCUUCUUCCUACCUUCUUGACUCUGCCUGAUCAGGCCCUUGCUCCUCCCCGUCCUCCUCUUCCCAAAGAGGAAAGCUUUGCAUGGCGUCCUCGCACUGACACUAAAGUAACCAACCUGUUGCCAGUGCCCAUCAUGGACUGUGUGUACCUGAAUGCACCCAAGCCUUACACACAGCGUGCAUCACCAAACACCAGUGCACGCUGUUAUUUGUCAUCACCUACCCCCUAUGGGGCUGUCCCCAGUGGGAAGCAAGGCUUGCCAGCAGGGCGUUCUCCCUCUUCAGGCCCCAAAGAUGAGAUGCAUGCUGGGCAGCCACUCUUGGAAAGCCACUCCUCAUCGGGUGCAUCAUCCAUACAACGCAACCCUGUCAGGGCAGAUCCCAGUAGUAAGGCUGGAAUGAAUUCCAGUCAUGAGACGAAGGCGGAUAAAAAGGUCAGCAAACUAUAUGUAGCUUGUUUAUCUAACAGCACUUGCUCAGGCGCAUCUCAAAAUUCCACUGGCACCACACAUGACCCAGCAGCCAGCACCAGUUUGGGCGCUGAGCUCACUCAGGCACCAGCCACCAACAUUGUUCCCUCUGUAACAGACACUGAAAAGUCUCUUCCUGCUGCUCCUCCUCCUCCUAUUCCUCCCAGGCCGUACUUUUACAUUGUUCUCAGCAAAGACGCAGUUAGUUAUGGUGCUGGCCAGCCCUCCCGGACUCAGUCAUCAGCUCCGCAAGCUGUGAGGGACAGAGUGCUAGAGCCCCAGAGCACAGCUGCCACAGAGGACAGGAUGAGAAAAGAGCCUUACCUUACUCAGCAGCGACAGCCACCAUACAAGGCAAUGGGACGCAGCAUGGAUGCCACUGCCACCACCUCAACUCAGCCUGGAGUUAUAGUAGUCCCCCUCCUUCAGGUUAAUCCAGACAGACAACAAGAAGGCAGCUCCAGCACUCCACCACCGCCUCUGGUUCCUUUCGGGCAAGGCUCCAUAUUCCCUGAGAUUGUUUCUCCUGGCUCACCCUUGACUUUUCCAACUCUAGACGAUUUCAUUCCCCCACAUCUCCAGAGGGGAUCCCACCAUAACCAAGCACCCUCCACAUCUGGCACAUUACCCUCUGUUUACCCGAAACUGCCAUUCUUCUCAUCACCACCUUCACUUGUCCCUCCAGUCACGGGGGCUUUGCACAGGGGCUUGAAGCCUGAAAUCACUGGAGUCAUCUCACAUACAGACCCAGGUCCUGUGCUAAAUGAAGUGCCCCAGCCUGGCACUGACUAUCCAGCAUCCAUCACCUCCAUCAGCAAGUCAGCCUCUGCCUAUCCUUCUACCACAAUCGUCAAUCCCACUAUUGUCCUGUUGCAGCACAAUCGAGAACAGCAAAAAAGGCUUAGUAGCCUGGCAGAUUCAGUGCCAGACAGAUUAGUUUCUGAUAAAGUUGAUUCAGCACUUCUACGGGACAAGCCGGCUCAGGAGACUGUGCCAAGUGAGAAGAGGGCAGUGGAGGAAAAGAGAAGCACUGCCAAGAGCCCUCACUACAUGGCUGAUACCUCUGUCGAUGACAUUGGAAUUCCACUGAGGAAUACAGACAGAUCGAAGGACUGGUACAAGACAAUGUUCAAACAGAUCCACAAGCUAAAUAGAGACAAUCCUGAAGAAAACCCUUAUUGCCCUACCUACACAUUUCCUGAACUUCCUGAAAUCCAGCAAAAACCUGAAGAAGACAAUCCUUAUUCUCCUACAUACCAGUUUCCUGCAUCUACUCCUAGUCCUAUCUCUGAAGAUGAAGAUUCUGAUUCAUUCUCUCCUCGUUAUUCCUAUUCUGAGGACAGCAGAACCCAAGUUCCCCGCUCCAAGAGUGAGAUGGACAAUAUUGAUUCAGAGAAGGUUGUGAAGAGGUCUGCCACUUUGCCACUGCCAAACCGUACUUCAUCGCUGAAAUCAAGCCCAGAAAGGACUGACUGGGAGCCUCCAGACAAGAAGGUCGACACCAGAAAAUACCGUGCAGAACCCAGGAGCAUUUAUGACUAUCAGCCAGGGAAGUCCUCUGUUCUGAACAACGAAAAGAUGACUCGGGAUAUAAGCCCAGAAGAGAUAGAUUUAAAGAAUGAACCUUGGUAUAAAUUCUUUUCGGAAUUGGAGUUUGGGAAACCGCCAUUUGUUCACAUGCCUCCAAAAAAGAUUUGGGAUUAUACUCCUGGAGAUUGCUCUAUCCUUACUAGAGAGGAUAGAAAGAGUGAUCUAGAAAAAGACCUCUACCUAUACCAGACUGAGUUAGAGGCAGAUUUAGAAAAAAUGGAGAAGCUUUAUAAAGCACCACAUAAAAAGCCACAGAAGAAUACAGCAGGUGUUACUCCUCUGGAAUCUUCCACAGACCAUUCUUCCUACUCCACUUAUUCACCCAACUACCAUGCAGUGAAGAAGGAGUCAGAGCUAGCUGCGGGAGACCCUGCUGCCUUGGAGAAUGAAAGGCAGAUUUACAAGAGUGUGCUGGAAGGUGGAGAUAUCCCGUUCCAGGGGCUGAGUGGUCUCAAGCGACCUUCGAGCUCUGCUUCCACAAAAGUGGAUCGUAAAGGUGGGAAUGCUCAUAUGACUGCACCCUCUUCAGUUAAUAGCCGAACCUUUAAUGCUAGUCAUACCGGUAUGUUAGGUCACGCAUGUAAACAUAAGAAGCCUUUAUCAGCUGCCAAAGCCUGCAUUACUGAAAUCCUCCCUUCUAAAUUCAAACCCAAAUUAGCAGCUCCAGCUGUUCUUGUGCAGGACAAGACGGGUAUCUUGCUGUCUCAUGAGAAAGCUCAAAGCUGCGAAAACCUUGGUAGCUCCACCGCCUUGUUUGAUAAUAAAAAGGCUUUCAUGGUAGAUAUAGGGGAAAGCAUAGAAAACAUCUUGAUGAAGUCCAAGCAAGAGUAUGCCAUUAAAUCUGGCAGUACCAUGAGCCUGCAGGAGUAUGGUACCAACUCUAGGAAAGGCUACCUGUUCGCUGCCUCCAGAAAGAGUGGGCUGGAGUUUACAACACUCUAUAAAGACAUGCACCAGAUCAACCGGUCCAGGAUCCAUUUGGACACAGUCUCCUCCUGCAGCGUGAAGGAUAUUGCAUCUCAGUUUGAGAAUGAAGCAAAGGACAGGAUGGAGCAGAGCCUUAGUCGAGAGGAUUCAGAGCAGAUCCCCAAAGACACCGUUUCCUCCCGUAUCAGUGCCUUUGAGCAGCUGAUCCAGAGAUCCCGAUCAAUGCCCUCACUUGACUUUUCCAUUGGGCAAAACAAACCCACCACUUCUCUUCAGUCUAAAACUUGUCUGAGUGCUGCAUACUCUGCAGAGAUUCUUCUGGAUUUGUCAAAAGCACACCUAGAAGAGAAGGAUGUUGCCAGCUUUGCAGAUAAAUCCUCCCGCUCCUGCAGCAAUGUGGAAGACACAGCUUCAGAUGUCAGUGAUGUCAUCCCUAUGGACACAGUCUCAGCUUGCACUGAUGAGAUAGAUCUUCUCUCAAAUGCCUCCAAUGACAGUGGCAGCAGCAGCAGCAACCUGAAUGGGCCUCAGAAGCAUAAAAUCAACAGAUGCAAAGGCACAUGCCCAGCUUCCUACACCAGGUUCACUACCAUCCGAAGACAUGAACAGCAGCAGUCCUCCAGGAACUCUGAUUCCAAAGGGGAUGUCUAUGGGGACAGGCAUAUGCUCCCCAGAAAUGUCUACCUAAUGAGCCCACUCCCAUUCCGAUUGAAAAAGCCCUUCCAACACAAAUCCUGCAGAACUCCACCCCCAGACUGCCUGGCAAGCCUGGCAGUGCCCAGCCCUGAGAACCCAGACGACCCCAUACAGCUGCAGGGGAGUGUAGGAAACAAGAGUCACCACUCCCAGUACCAGCCUUGCUCCAGAAGUGGGCCUCUUGCGCCCAGGCGCCUGUCCUCCUUUGACAUUGUGGAGAGGCUUAGCUACUUCCCCACCAUGGGAUCUAGCCGGGAUAGCUUCAUGGGCCGGGCUGACAUUCCUGACUCCUUAAACAAUGGGAACCCUGUUUCAUAUGCCCUCUACCACAGCCUGGACACAAACAACAACCCGCAGAGUGAACUUGGGACGUACCUAGGAGAUUCAGAAUCACCAAGGCAUUUUGCACCAGUUGACUACAUGGAAACUCCAGAGGAAAUUCUCCGCAGGCGACAUGAUGAUAAAGAGAAACUUUUAGAGGACCAGAGACGACUUAAACGUGAGCAAGAAGAAGCUGAUAUUGCCGCUAGAAGGCACACAGGGGUUAUUCCAACGCACCAUCAGUUUAUCACUAAUGAACGAUUUGGGGACCUCCUAAAUGUAGACGAUACAGCAAAGAGGAAAUCUGGGUCAGAGAUGAGACCUGCUAGAGCAAAGUUUGACUUUAAAGCACAGACACUAAAGGAACUUCCUCUGCAAAAAGGAGAUAUUGUUUACAUUUACAAGCAGAUUGACCAGAACUGGCUCGAAGGUGAACACCACGGCAGAGUUGGCAUCUUCCCACGAUCAUACAUAGAGUUCCUUCCACCAGCUGAGAAGGCUCAACCCAAAAAGCCAUUACCAUUGCAAGUAUUGGAAUAUGGAGAUGCUAUUGCUAAGUUCAACUUCAAUGGGGAUACCCAAGUGGAAAUGUCCUUCAGGAAGGGUGAAAGGAUCACGUUGAUUCGACGAGUGGAUGAGAACUGGUAUGAAGGAAGAAUCUCUGGCACCAGUCGCCAAGGCAUCUUCCCCGUCACUUAUGUGGAGGUGCUCAAGCGGCCAGUGGUCAAGAAUGCCAUUGACUAUCCUGACCCACCUGUGUCCCUCUCCCCCAGCCGCAGCAUGACAGCGUCACCACAGUCUCCCAGCUCUGAGCUGCUCCAUACUCCAACUCCUCCGCCUUUGCCUUUUGCGCGCCGCGCUUUGUCUCCAGAGGUGCAGGCGGUCACAUCCGAGUGGAUUGCUCUGACCGUGGGAGUGUCUCCCAGCACCACUCCUGCCAUAACUCCUCCAUUGCCUCCUCCGCCUGAAGCCUCCCUCUCUCACACUGACUAUCUCUCGCCUUCUGCUGCAGCCAGCCCUUCCCCCACAGUCAGCCUCCACCAUUCUCAUCUCUCUGGCUCCUCGACUCCCAGGUCCAUUAAAUCCCCAUUGCCCUCUUCCUCAUCCAGACCUCAAUCCUCUGCCCGCAGUUUCUACCAGGCCACUCCACAAAACGAAGAAAAGUUUGAUUCCCCUCCUCCCAGCGUGACUUACUCUAACUCCUCUCGCUGGGCAGUGGAGAGCCCCGAAAGCAUCCUCGCAGAGCAGCGUGACACCACUGCCAGCCAAGCCUGGCUCCAAAAGACAGGAGAGGGCAGCAGCCACCCUGAGCAGAGUGCUCAUGCUGUCCCCAAGAUCUCUGUUGAGCGCUGCCUGAAACCAUCCCAACUAGACAUGCGUGCGAGCCCAGAAAGGAGACCUGUGGGUUCCUCUGAGGACAACCAGUUGUGUCAGGAGCUAAUGGCUAUUGUUCAGGGAGGUAAAACAGAGAAAAGAGACAUGAGGAAAGGUGAUACAGGAAAGUUUCAAAGCGGGGAAAAGAAGACUGCAGACUCAAAAGUAUUCUCUUCAUCUGCUCCUCUCUCUUCCUCUACCCUCUCUUCCUCUACUGUCACAACACAGCCACCUCCCAGACUUACACGCAGAGUCAAUAAGCCACAGCCUUCCCACCAUUCAUUGAGAGCUGGACCAGAUCUCACAGAGUCUGAAAAGAGCUAUGUGGAAGCUAUUUGCAAUGAAAUCAUAAACAUUGCAGAAAAGUCUGUUCAUUACUGCAGUACUAUUUCUCAGCCUCUUGACUCUCGCCACAAGGUGAUCUCUAAUGACCAUAAAUCAUCUCUCAUCAUUUCUCAGCAACCUCAAGCACAGCAGCAAGGAGCCAGCCCUGAGCGAAGUCAAACACCACGAGACAUAGUUAGCUACCAAGCCCUCUACAGCUACACUCCUCAGAAUGAUGAUGAGCUGGAACUGAGGGACGGUGACAUUGUCGAUGUCAUGGAGAAAUGUGAUGAUGGCUGGUUUGUGGGUACAUCCAGGAGAACAAGGCAAUUUGGCACCUUCCCAGGCAAUUAUGUGAAGCUUCUGUACCUGUAAAAUGACAUCAUGACAAUGUCAUCCCAUCGUGACAAGGAUGGUGGGAUUCCUUUCCAGAUGGUGUUUUUAAGCAGUGAAGAAACAGACAAUUUAUGAAUGUAAUAGACACGAGAUGAGAAGUGUUAGGAGGAUGUGGUUAUGUGGUACACUAUUGAGUUGAAUGUGUAGCCCUGUUUCCAUGGAGUCAGGGUGUGAUUUGUUUGCUGAAGAAGAGACAGAUUCUAGUUUACAGUGCUGCCUUUGUGUAUUCCUCUCCCUUCCCCAGUAAGAGUUUUGAUGAUAAUUUUAAUUUGUACGGAGUACUUACCUCUGAGAAGGCUUCAGGGAAGCACAUGGUAUAGGUUUUGUUUGUGUGUUGAGAUAGGGUAGUGCUUUGGGGCAGUACUCAACCCUGCAGCUGCUCACAGUCAUUGGCACAGGAAUUGAGGAACAGGAGUUCAAGAAACAGGCUUGCUGCCCAGUUUCUGCCUUGCUGAAGACUCUUUUCUCUGCCUUCCAUUUCCAUAAAAAACCUUUCCUUCAUGUCAUGCAUCUUAAGACCAGCAAAGGCAGAGAACAGCUGAUACAAUUGAAUUGCAGAGCUCAGUGUGGAAAAGGAGUUUGGGAAUAGUGGUUUAAUCCAGAGGUCAGCCAAAGCAUAAUGCAAAUGCACAAAAAUCCCAAACCCUUUAAUAACAUACUACUGAUCUCUGCAGGGUUUUUUCUUUUGUGCAGGGUGUGUGUGUGUGAAUGUAUUGUGUGCAAAAUUAACUGAGUCCUGUUUUUUAAAGAGAAAUCAGCCUAGCUUUGACAUUUAUCUGCACAAAGAAUAGAACCAAUAAACAGAACAUCCAUGAGGGCAAAUCCUAUUUAUGAGUCCUAUGGCUGUUCACUUUCUUUGCUCCUCUUGCCCUGUCACUGGCCCUAAAGGAUCACACACCUUUUCCAGUAUAUGCUUCAGGAUGAAAUGCUGGGACUUCUUUCCAAGCAUUGCAUCUUGGUUACAGUGUUGAUGGUAGGUCAAAUAAAUACAUGCGUUUUGGCUGCCUCUUAGUCAUACAAAAAAGUCUAAUCAAUUUGGAAAGCUGUUCCCAGCAGUUAUUACCAGUUACAUAGAUUUGUAUUUCCUUGAGGGAAAAAAAACACCCCAUGGCUUGGCUGUAUGUUUGCCUGUAAAUCCACUAUGAAUACUCUUUUGAUAGACUUUUUGUUAUUAAGAAAAAGCAUAAACAAAACCAGUUCUAUCAGACUCUGCUUCCUACAAUUGCCGUACAAAUAGCAAAGGGUAGAUUGCUAUUUUGUCAUAAGCCGUAUUUAAUAAUAUAAAAUGCCUAUUUUUAUGCUGAUGCUUUUAUACAGAUUUAUUAAGAGUAAACUACAACUAACUGUUAGCACGACUUGCAAUGUUUUGAUAAACUAGCCAUGCUCCUGGGUUUGAAAUCAAGUAGGCUUGUCUUCCGUCUCAGUCGGCGGAAGAGAAGACUCUGUGUCUCAGAAGUUUGACUGUAAAUAUGUAUAUUUAACUUUGUACAGACAAUGUACUUACCUUGUAUAGAGAAAUAAUUUAAACACAUUGAGAGAAGGGAGGGGAAAAAAGGCAGUUGUGAAAGGUUGGGAUUUUUUUCCACUUUAAUUUAAGUGAUGGAAUUCCAUGUAUGUUCACAUAAAGAGUUUUAGCACAAAAUAUUUGUUAUGAAAGGGUUUCAGAUAUGACACGAAGUACCACUGUUUAUUUUCUGCAGGAGGUAUCUUUAAUCCUGCAUCUUAUUUAUGGGUUAGUUGUUCUGCUUUGGGUUUGCCCUCCAGUUAUUUGCAACAAUGUUUAGGCCUGUUGGUAAGAUUGGAUAACACCAAAUAAAUCUAUCCAGCAAAGUAACAUGUUGAUAUUGAUUGUAUAUAACAUACUCAUUUAAAAGUUAAUUUUCUGUUCUUGCUCUUGCCAGUUUAAGUUAAGCACAAACACACACACACAUCACACAUAUCCACACAAACUGCAACUUCUUUUCGUGUUGAUUUUUUGUUUCUUAUUGCAGUGGAUUACUAUUUGACAAUUAAUAAAUGGAAUUAUUGAAUUAC